AUGACAUCAUUUGCUGAGAAUACUCCCUCCUUGUCUGUUGCAAAGGCCUUCGAAACGGGAACAAGUUCCUUCAUGCCUAAGACUACCCAUGCCAUCCUGUUAACCAUAGUCCAUACCAUGUUAGAAAUUGAAAAUGCACCUAUUGUCGAGUCCACCCCCAUAACCACUCCUCAUGCAUUCCCAAAGGCUGAAGCAAGUUCUCUAGCCAAGAAAAAUCCUCCUUGGCCCAAAAGAAAGAGAGCAUCUAAAAAAGUAAUUGUCAUUUCGAUAGAUGAUGAAUCAUCUGAUGACCCUAGCCCUCCCCUAAAGGAUAGGAAGCCAACUCAAAAGAGAAAGGAGGACGAGCUGACAUUAGCUCUGAGCAGGGCUUCCAUGCCCAACAGGACUGUGAUAAUAACCACAGUGAACGCAGCGUGGAUGGAGCCUGGCGGCAUGUUUGACUUGUUUAUGAAGAGCUUUGAAAUCGGAAAAGGAACAACACCAUUUCUAAAGAAUCUGCUGGUUGUUGCCCAUGAUGAAAAGGCAUUCAAUGCCUGCAUACAAAUCCAUCCUCACUGUUAUCGAUUAAAGACUCCAGGAGUUGAUUUCUCAGGGGAGAGCGCUUACAUGAGAGGGAAUUACGUGAAGAUGACCAUGUCUAAGGUCAUCUUGCUCACCAAUGUGCUACGCAGAGGCUACCAUUUUGUUUUCUCUGAUUCAGAUAUACUGUGGUUUAGAAACCCAUUUCAGAGAUUUUCAACAGAUGCAGAUUUCGAAAUGCCAACCGAUAAAUAUCUUGGUGAUCCGCAUGAAAUAAGAACUUGGGUAAAUACAGGAUUCAUGUUUAUCCGUUCAAACAAUAGGACUGUUGAGAUGAUGGAAAUGUGGAACAAUGCCUCAGAGAGUAGGCCUUACUUCAAUGACCAAGAUGUCUGGAAUGACAUAAAGUUGUCUGAGAGCACGCGUGUUGGACACAAAGUAUUUUAG